CUCGAUUGUCCGACCUCCGUACUGCCAUCGCUCCGAUAUCCACCAACGCCGGACACGAGAGACGAGCCUUCUGGAUGUGCGUGAAGCCCUACACGCGCUUGUGAACUACAGCAACCAAUGGCCGCCGCGCUCCCAGUUGACGGCGCGUCAAGCAUCAGUGUCGCUGUGCGAGUGCGGCCUUUCACUAUCCAGGAAGCUGCACAAUUGACGAGAAACGAUGAUGGCCCUCUAUUCCUCGGCGAUGGCUCAAUGGCUGCUGUGCCAAAGCCACGAGUUGGCGGAAAGGGCAUUCGUCCUGUGAUCAAGGUCAUGGACGAGAAGUGCUUAGUAUUCGACCCACCCGAGGAGCACUCGGUGCAACGAUUCGGCCGUGCGAUGCUCCCCCAGGGGAAGCGUUCCAAGGAUCAGACAUUCGCCUUCGACCGAGUCUUCGACGAGCACACCACACAAUGCGACGUCUACGCAGCGACAACUCAGCCACUCCUGGAUCAGGUGCUCGACGGUUACAACGCGACAGUGUUCGCGUAUGGUGCAACUGGCUGUGGAAAGACUCAUACCAUUACUGGAACAGUCCAGUCACCUGGUAUCAUAUUCAUGACAAUGCAGGAACUAUUCGAGCGUGUACAGGAGCUGAGGGAAACCAAGGAGGUGGACGUAACCCUUUCAUACCUCGAGAUCUACAACGAGGCCAUUCGAGAUCUUCUCGCGCCCCCAGGUUCGAGCGGCAAGCAAGGACUGAUGCUCCGGGAGGACUCGCAUCAGGCAGUAUCCGUGGCCGGCCUCACCUCCAACAAGCCACAAUCUGUCCAGGAAGUCAUGGACAUGGUCAUACAGGGCAAUGGGCAACGCACACAAUCGCCAACAGAAGCGAAUGCUACAUCCUCUCGAUCUCACGCGGUGCUGCAGGUCAAUGUCGCAUUGAAAGAUCGUAACGCUGCCGUCAACGAACCCGUGACAUUUGCAACACUCUCGAUUAUCGACCUGGCGGGCUCAGAGCGGGCUUCAGUCACAAAGAACAAGGGCGAACGUCUGCUCGAAGGCGCGAACAUCAACAAAUCUCUACUUGCGCUUGGAUCUUGUAUCAACGCGUUAUGCGAUCCGCGAAAGAAGAACCACGUGCCUUACCGGAACUCGAAGUUGACACGAUUGCUGAAGUUCAGUCUGGGCGGAAACUGCCGCACAGUCAUGAUCGUGUGUGUGUCGCCGAGCAGUGCGCACUUCGACGAAACACAAAAUACUCUACGAUACGCCAACAGAGCCAAGAACAUCCAGACGAAGAGCGUGCGGAAUGUGUACAAUGUCGACCGGCACGUCAAGGACUACCUCAAGAAGAUUGAUGAACAAAUGCUUCUUAUCAAGGAGCUCCAGGCACAGCUUCAGGACUACGAAAAGCAAGCUUUUGCGAAAUUCAAGAAAGCGGAGUCGAAGUUCGAUGGGGUUCUCAAAGACAGCAUUGAACGUGUACGACUCGCAUACGACCACUCCGCUUCGGAGCGAAAGGAGAGAAUCAACACGACAUUACGUUUACGGCAAACCGAGCGGCGCAUUGGCGCUAUCAGUGGCUGGGUUGGUGCAUUUGACCAGGUCUGCGAAACUCGAGAAGAAGAGGAGCCAGCUGCUGCGAUGGUAGCCAUGAGGAAGACCGCUACUGGUAUAUUGGCGGAAUUGGAGCACAGCCGACAACAUCAUCACCAAAAGUUGGGCAAGAUAAACUGGACCCGCUCGAUCGAUAUAGCACUUCAGGAUGGGCUUCGUCAAUUGGAAAGCAACGAGAGUUUUACUGCUGAUUGUGCAGAGGCAUCGAGUUUGUUGAAGGAAGUGGAGCUUCUGAAGAACCGAGCUGACAUCGAGAUGAACGCCAUUGUCUUGGACGCCGAGAAGGCGGGCGAGUCGGGUCUCAUGAAUGUGAUGCUCACAACUCAUUUUGAGACCAUCGCCAUUGUCAAUCAGCUCGCACAGAUGACAGAAGAGGAGGCAGUGCAAGCAGGCCGCGACAUCUUGGGCAAGCUUUUGCAAGCAUGCACCGACGCCGUCGGCCAAGUCAUCAAGCCAGACGGCGGGCUACAAAUUACGGCAGCUGUAGCGCCCAGCCGCUCUGGGACACCGCGUAAGCAGAAGUCGUUGAUCGGCCCGUCGCCCAUGAAGAGCAAGAUCAGGCACUCGGUAUCGAGUCGCGCCUCGCUCUCAUCGCAACCGCAGCCAGUUUUGCCUGCCCCUGCUGCAUCGGCGAUACCCGCGCAUAUCACUGCUGAAAUGUCCACCAUUUCCCCACACGACGGCUCAAGCCCUGCCCGAGGCACAACGGCGAGCCCGAGGAGACAUGUCAAAAAGCUCGGAGGUUUGGCACGUAAAGGAGUUGCUUUCGGAUCGGGAACUCCCAGAAAGAGGUCGCCUCAAAAGAAGCGUGGCGUGAGAUGGAGAGAUGAAGGUGCCGAGGAUGGAUCCACACCUGGCGCACUGGUCGAGUUUCAACCUACCCCGAAGAUGCCCGCUCCUACGCCUCAUUCUUUCAACAACGAUGACAGCUUGACUAUUGAGCCACCCAGGUUCACCUCCGAGAUCGAUGCCAACGAUGCAGAUCCCGAAUCGAGCCCCCUUCCACUUCCUCCAACACAAAGCAGCGAAAUUCGAAAGACUCCAGCGGGCACUGGUCGAUUCGCGAUUGGGGCUUUGACGAAGGGGGGCAAAUUGGGGUCUGAUUCGCCGACGCUGAUGCCGCCCCCAAAAUUCUCGACGAGUAUGGGCUCCUUUUCCAGCGACGAUGAGUCUAGUCCGUUACGCGAACUUGGCAAUCGUGCUCCCCACAGCAGCUCUUUGCGCACUGUUAACAAUACUUCAGACCAAAGCGAUGCAUCUUUCUCUACCGGUGGAUCCGAUGCCGAGCAGUCUUUCACGGAUCGCGAAGCGUCGCAACAGAUUCGCGCAGCAAUGGCGAAAAAGAGGCGAUCCUCCAUGGGGACUCGCAACUCCAUCGGAGGUGCCGCCUCCCGUCAACGGGCGAGCGACCGCGCACAACGCCGUCGCAGCCCGACUGCUGCUCAAUUUGCUGUUGGCUCGCCCCCAUCCGAUUCUUCUUUCUCGGCAUCGCAUGCUCGUCGCAUAGGUGCCUCGCGGGAAUCAACUGGCCACAGCAACGUGUUAUCGCCACGUACUGGGUCCGUCGUGAAAAAUAAUGGUCCACCAGCUGUAAGAGCUGCGCAGCCACUUCGCGUGCGUCAGAGUAUGAUUGAUAUCAACCAUACGCCACGCGAGACUCCAACAGGUCCUAAUGGCCGGCCUCACUCGCGCGUAAGCAGCGUGGUACCCGGGAGUGCUGGAGGCUCCAAGCCGGUCUGGCGCUGAUUGAGAUUUCUGAGAUUGUGUGUGCACAGGAUCUGGCUGUCUUGUGAAUAAGGCGUUGGAGAUUUGGUGUCUGCAUAGCAAAACGGACUAGUACGCCUCAAGGCGGAACGUCAAUAAUGAAUUGGGCGGAGUGAUUUUUUGGAGUUUUGGGAUGACGGCCGCUGCGUCCACUUUGCGACCUUGAGCGGUGAGAAGCGUUCAAGCGCCACAUUGUUUUGCCGUUGAAGUGCUGAUUGGAGAAACCACGGCGCCUUUUCUCGUAGUCUGUACUAUAUCGUGAAGAACGGUACUUCGCAGUACGUUUGCAUUGUUUUGUUGCCAGA